UCUCUUCCGACCUUUGUUUCGAUCUUCUCGUACUUUGUGAUCCUGCAGCCUCGUGGGUUUGGCGAGCAAGCGGUGAUAGAGCCCUAGAUUCGCUGAUCUAGGGUGAGAAGAGAGUCUGGGAUUGGAAAAUCUUGCAUGAGUGAGCAUUGAGAUGGAUAAGCAGCAGACACUCAUUUCCAAGAGAAGUCCUUCCUUACAUCAACUAGGUUAAAAGACGUGUUGCUUAUUGGAUUAGAUCAGCAACAGAAAUGCUUUUUGCUGUGGAAGGAGGAGGAUUUUUUUCCUCUUCGGCAUCAGGGUACAGCAAUGGUCUUGCUCUUCUUCUUCUUGGCCGGAGAAAUGAGGACAAGCCUAUAAAAAUUUCUUCAUGGAAUCACUACCGAUUGGUUGAACAAGAAGUCGAGGCAAGUUCUCAGCUGGCUUCUAAUAAUGAUCAUGCUUCUUGUGGAUGUGCCUCCUUUUCCUGCUUUGGUUGUUCUUCUGCAAGACUUGAUGAGCCAUAUUCCAGGAAGGUUAGCCUUGUUCACCAGUCUAAAAUUCCAUCAGAUUCAUCACCUUCGUCUGAUAGAGGCAAGUUAACAAUCAAUGAUGCUGUCAAGUGGGAUGAAAGAAAGACUUGUCUCAAGAGCAAUAUGAAGAAGCCCUCCAAAGGUUAUUCUAUGGUAUGUGAAGCUGAUGAUGCUCGUGAGUUGUUGGAAGAGGCAGACAACAAGAUGUCUUGCUGUACUGUAGGGAGGAAAGUUCAGUGGACCGACAAAUGCGGAAAAGAGCUUGCUGAGAUAAGAGAGUUUGAAGCCAGUGAUGAUGGAUUAUCCGAUGAUGAUUUUGAAGGCGAAAGUUUCAGAAGAUGCGAAUGUGUGAUUCAGUAGGCUUCAUUUCUGCGCAGAUGAAUCAGUCGAAACAGACCAGGCAUGAAUUGUUGUCAUCUAGCAACUGCAAAGCUCGCUUUUGUGCUACUUUUACAGAAUUCCGUCUCAGUGAGUUCUUGAAGAAAGGAGAAACCAGGAAAAUCUUUUUUUUUUCCCACAUUUAUUUGUUUUGUUGGAAGUCCAUGUGUCAGUUACCCGCUUGUGAAAUUUUGGCAGUGUGCACUUUUUAUCAAUCUUAGCCUACAGAUUUGUAGCAUAACCCUUUUACUGCUUACAGAUUUCAUGUUUAUACUACUGCACAAAACCUUUAUUCCCGAAA